AGUUUCUUAACAUUAUUCGUCAGUACUAAGAUGGACUAAUCUACAGAAGCAGUUUAUUCAAGUAUCACCCAGAGUGCCAGGAGGAACAGGAAUUUCUCAAUGAUUUCCCCACCCUUUUUAGUGUUCAUUUUACAGACUUGAAUCUGAGUCCUAAUAUUCAGGAACUGGAAAUAAAAUUUCUCAGGUUGAAUAUUCUUUUUAGAAGAACUUGACAAACUUACAAGGAAAGUGCACUCUGUGAAGACAUGAGCAAAUAUAUAUUCCUCUUCCUCCUGACUCUGUGCUCAGCUAAGCCUUUCAUAAACCCUUCCUACUUCACGUUAAAGAAUAUAAUGCUCAUGGAUAUGGAAGAGAUGGAUGAUGACGAUGAUGACGAUGAUGACAAGGAUGAUGAUAAUUCCCUUUUUCCAACUUUUGACAUAUUUCCUACAUGUCCUUUUGGAUGUCAGUGCUAUAUGAGAGUUGUCCACUGUUCUGAUUUGGGUUUGACCUCAAUACCAAGAAAUAUUCCUCCUGAUACUCGCAUGUUAGACCUUCAAAAUAACAAAAUUAAAGAGGUCAAGGAAAAUGAUCUUAGAGGACUUACAUCACUUUACGCGCUUGCAUUGAACAACAACAGAAUAACCAAGAUACACCCCAAAGCCUUUCAGUCCACAAAGAAAUUGCGACGUCUCUACUUGUCCCACAAUCAGUUGACUGAGAUCCCUGAAAACCUGCCAAAAGGCUUGGCAGAGUUACGAAUUCAUGAUAAUAAGGUUAAAAAGGUACACAAAGAAGCUUUUAAAGGCAUGAAGGCUUUGCAUGUUUUAGAAAUGAGUGCAAAUCCUCUGGAUAAUGAUGGAAUAGAACCUGGAGCAUUUGAAGGUGUGACGGUCUAUCACAUAAGAAUAGCAGAAGCUAAAUUAACCUCUGUUCCUAAAGGAUUACCAUCCAGUCUACUAGAACUCCAUCUGGAUGACAACAAAAUUUCUUCAGUAGAACUUGAGGAUUUUAUUCGGUAUAAAAACCUUCAAAGGCUGGGGCUGGGAAACAACAGGAUCAAGGAUGUGGAAAAUGGAAGUUUUGCAAGAAUACCAAGUGUACGAGAAAUACAUCUAGAAAAGAACAAGCUGAAGAGGAUCCCUGAUGGCCUUUCAGAUUUGAAAUAUCUACAGGUUGUCUUCCUUCAUUCUAACAGUAUUUCAAAAGUGGGAGUGAAUGAUUUUUGUCCAACAGGAGGAAGGCUGAAGAAGACAUUGUACAGUGGCAUUAGCCUAUUCAACAAUCCUGUUAAAUACUGGGAUGUCCAGCCUGGAACAUUUCGCUGUAUAUUAAACAGAAACAGUGUGCAGAUCGGAAAUUAUGGAAAAUAAGAAUGUAUAGUUAAUACAUCAGAUAAAAAUA